CUCAUUAUCGCCAUCACUGCCUUUAUCAGAACGCUAUCUUCCACCUCCACUAUCCCACCACAAAAAUGUCUCUUACCGUCGGUUUCGCAGGAAUCACUGGAAGGGUGGCCCAAUGUGUCAUCCAUGACCUUCUCAAAGAGCCACAGGUACUUAUCAAAGGAUACUGUCGUGACCCUUCAAAGCUACCAGCUGUUAUCCGAGACAACAAGAGAGUUACCGUAUUCCAAGGGCAAACUGAUGACAGAGCUGCCCUGAUUCCUUUCGUGGAAGGUGUAUGUAGUUCUUCUCUUUAUCCACCAUCCAAAACACCCAGCGCUGGAAACUAGGACAGCGAUAUAAUGUCUUAAUCGUUUAUACACUAGUGGGCUAAUGGAGUUACUUAUGCUAAUUUUGUGCAGUGUGACGUUAUGGUCUGCGCCUACCUCGCAGAAAACACAGUCAUGGUCGCAGCUCAAAAGCUUCUUGUCGAUCUCUGUGUGGACGCAAAAGUUGACCGUUAUGUUGCCAGCGAUUGGACAUUGGAAUACCCAAGUCUUACCCCCGGGAUGUUCGUCAAGAAGGAUCCAAUCUUGGUAAUCAAUGCGUACUUGAAAUCCAAGCCCAUCAAAACCAUUCAUAUCUUGAACGGUAUGUUCACGGAAACACUUUUCAGCGACCUGUUUUACUUUUACGAUGGAUCGACCACACCCACGUUCAAGUACUACGGAAAUGGAGACGAACUUAUGGAUUUGACCACCUAUUACACUGCUGGUCAAUAUACAGCUGCUCUUAUCCUUGACAAAGACGCCGAGGGAUUCUACAGAUGUAUGGAAAAAGUCCUUAUCAGACGUUACUAUGCUAACAAAUCACAGUCCGUGGUGAUAAAAUCUCCGCAAAGGGUAUUAUCGCAGACUUCACAUCUGUCUAUGGCUAUGCACCCAAAGUGGAGGUACUUGGUACUCUGGAUGACCUGCACAGGGAAUCCUUGAAGACUGGCGAGCAAGACUACAUCAUGUGAGUAAAAUGAAAGCCACAAUCUAAGCAGCGCUAAUGAGUAUCCAGGACUGGAGCAUGGCUCAUUUUGAACGGAAAGGUCUAUCUUAACGAGCCUCUUGAUGCCGACAAAUACCCACAAGUUAAGCCUAGAACCAUCAAGGACUUCUUCACAGAGAUUCCAGUGGAGAAGUUGUCAGACUCACUCGUGAAUGUUUCAACCCGCUUGUCAUGGAAGUAUUGAGUGGAGCGACUUUACGCAACAUGGUUGGCAGAAUCUCAGCGACGAAAGUUUUUCGGGGGAUGGCAGAUAGAGAAUUGCCGUUUUUUCUUCUUGUUAUGUUUAAGACUGAAGAAUGAUAUAAC